GGCCCUCAAACAAAAACUUUCCUCGUUGCUCCCUUUAUGACACUGGUUUUUUUGUCCACAAAAAUUCUUAUUCAAAUUGCUCACUUUUCUUGAUUAUAUACUAAUUAAGUAUAUUAAUCCAAUUUCGAUCAACCCCACUCCGAUUUAGAAUGUCCCAACAAUCCUAAUGCCAACCUCACAACCCAUGUGUUUUUCAGCAAUUUCCAAGGUACAACACGCACACAAAUAACCUUGUAAUGAGGUGAUUUCGAAGGAUCAAAGUCCAACUGUAGGCCCAAAAGUGAUUCCUUCUCAAGCAACAACUUCCUCGAUUCCCCGGUGGUCGGAUUGUAGACAUAGUAAUCUCUGUUAACAGAUAAAGAGCUCCCACACUCGAGCAACAAAAGGCUUGCAGGAUCUUGGGAUGAGCUAAAUUUAAAUGGAACUGAAUGAAUUUCUUACUUGUGGAAUUAAAGUAGAAGAAUAGAGAUGGGGCGGCGCGGAGGAGGAAAGAAGGUUGCGGUUUGCGGUGGCGGAGAGUGUGGAGAUAAGAGAGCGCCAGUGUUUGCUUACGGCUUUGAAUCUGACAAGGGAUUUUGCAGGCAGGAGGAGGAGGAUUUCCAUUAGCACGUCGUGGUUGGAGGUGGAUGUUAUUUUGCCUUCCAUCUUUUUCCGUCUGCCUGAAGCGAAGAUGGGAGGGUCUGGGGGUUCAAACAUUAAUUUUUAUACGUUAAUUAAAAUAUAUUUUAAUUGAAAUGAAGAUUAAAAAAGAAUGAAUAAAUGGAAGCAAACAAGGUAUGAAUUCAUUGUUUUUCUCUUUCUCUCUUUUAUGAAACAAAUUUUUAUUAUUACUAAAUUAAAAAGAAACAAAUUUUGUUUUAUAUAUGGUUGACGCACUGUUUUCUUCAUGGUGGGGUCGGCCACCCUUAAUGAACCCUAACAAAGCCCUCUAUCAUUUUUCAAUAAUCUCAACUGCUGCAAACACCCAAGAAUGAGUGGAACGCCUGAUUUCUUCUAUAGAGAAGCUCAGCGCCUUGGUUAUGUUGCCCGCUCCGCCUUCAAGUUGCUUCAGAUACAGAAGCAGUACAAGAUCAUAACACCUGGUUCUUCUGUUCUUGAUCUUGGUUGUGCUCCUGGUGCUUGGCUUCAGGUGGCAUGUCAGAACUUGGGUCCAUUGGGGAAGGGUGGAGUUGUCGUGGGAAUUGAUGUUAAGAAGGUGAAGGUUCCAUCAAUGCACUGUGAUGAAAGGGUUACGACAGUUUGUGCUGAUGUAAUGAAUCUACCAAGGGAGCAAGUUAGAGCACUCUCGCCUCAGCAAAAGGGUUUUUCCGUCGUACUCUCUGAUAUGUGUCCCUUAGUUUCUGGGAUCACAACUAGAGAUGCAGCUUUAUCUGCUGAACUGGGGAUGCGAGCAAUUGAUUUGGCCGUAGGGAAGGCUGCCCAUGAUCGCACAGUAAAUAAUGCAUUCGAGGAAGUGCAAUCAGAUGGCUCUGGGUCUUCUUUAGGUAUUGAUGGUGUGUUGCAACCAGGGGGCCACCUCAUCAUUAAGCUUCUGGAAAGUGAAGACGUAAAAGAAUUCAGCCAAAUAUGCAAACCAAUUUUCAGAAAGGCAUCAUGGUUGAGGCCUAAAGCAACUAGGUCGUGUUCCAGGGAAAUUUAUUUGAUUUGUCAGGGGUUUCAAUAUAGGGUUAGAGAAUAGAAACAAGAACCUGCUUAAUGUCCUUAAGUACUCCAAAACAUUACAUUUGGUGAGAAUGCUUUGAUGAAGCAAAUGUCAGAGGUGUAUUAAGUUGAUGAUGCAAGAUAACAUGUCCUGGAGCAGUUGCAACUAAACAAACUGUGUUUGCAGAGAUCUCAAUGUAAAGUGAGUGUAGAAUGUAUUGAGAUCACAUGGAAAGAAGGUUCUGAAAGUCUCCCACUUUCCUGCUCUGGGUGCCCAGAAUAUUAGCCGAUUCUUUUGUGGUUUUAGAAACAUAUUGGAAUGACAAGCAGCUCUAGAUGACACUUGAGAAAAGAUGAUGAAAAAUCAUGUAGAUGGAUGUUGGGCUAUAUAAUUCUUGAUUAUGUAUGCAUAUUCAAAACUCGUUUCCUGUAAUUCCUGCACAAGUUGGGGGAAGGAAAAGGAAGAAAAAUUCACUUUACAA